UCCCCUGCUAUGGCCGGGCCGCGGAGAGCCGGCGCAGCUGGCCCGGGGCCGCCGGGGUGGCGGCGCGGCUGGGCGGCGAGCUGGUGGAGCUGCGGAACCUCAGCCUCCAGGCCACGGGGCGCCUGCUCGCCUCGGCCGGGGCGUUCGUCACGCCGUACGGCGGCCACAUCGUGCAGCUGCUCUGGAUGCCGAGGAGGGGGCGGUCGCGUUCGUCAUCGGCUGCUACGCGAUCAUCAAGAUCUACCCGCACGCGCUGGCCGACUUUCGCCUGCUAGAGGCCUCCGGCCUGAAGGUGGUCCACAUCCGCUCGGACGGCUGCCCCUCCGAGGCCGAGGCCCGGCGCCUGGCAGAGCGGACGCUGCGGGUGCCGGCCGCGGCCCACCCGCUCGGCGUGCUGGGCCGGCUGCGCGGCGGCCGCGUCGUCUUCCACGAGGGCUCGCUGUGCGCGUUCGCCAACCUGUCCGGGAGAACGUGGCCGGCGGGAGCCGCGGGGAGCGGCCGCUCGAGCUCGUGGAGGGCCAGGGCGCGGCGCUCCGCCGGUGCGCCGAGUGGGAGGAAGACUG